CGUUUUGAUUGUUCCUCGCGAUUUCAAAAUGUAAAAAUUAUUACCGCGUGUGUACCACGACGGGGGAGGAAGCGUCGGUAGCAUGACCGUCAGCAAGAAGUCUCGCUUAAAAGACCUCGAAUCACUCGGAUAAGCGGAGAUGGCCACAGUAGCCAGGGGCGUCCUGUACGUGAUGCCGCCGCUUGAACCAUCGGCCCCCCCGUGGACGCCCAGCCUGGUGCCGUCGUCGCCACCGCCCCCGCUGACGCCCGUCUCCAACGCACCGGGCGGCCGGCAGCAGCAGAAUGACAAGGCCGCCAUCUACCAGCAACAGCAGAGCAACGGGUCUCAUGCAUCGUUCGCGAUGGACGACGAGCCAGAGCCUUCGGCGCCCCCGCUCGAGCUCAUGGAUAAAGUGGACGGAUACGAGCAGGCCUCCUUCGACGCCGUGGACGUACCACCUCCGUACACGCCCUCGACACCCAAAGAAGAGGAUACUCCUAAGCGAGCGCCGCUACCAUGCACUCCGCAGGUGACGGAGCAAGAGGCCCGGCAAGCCUUAACCAAGCACGUGGCCAAGCACUGCUGCUACGGCAAGGCGUGCGCACGAGACAUGGCCAUCACCAAGAUCGACCACACGUCCGCCUUCCACUACACCUUGGAGACGUUCACUGAGAAGCGGCAGACAGCCUGGUGCUUCGAACCAUACACAGGUGGUCCGGUGGACGGGCCGUCGGCGGGUCCCGCUCCUGGUCCCUGGGAGGUGCCGGUGCCCUCGGCGACGCCGUUCCAAUGCCAGACGACCUCGGUGGAAGUGCCCCACACGGCCUCGGUCAAGACUUGCCACACCUGCGGCGGCGUCGGAAGGAAGCGGUGCGCCACCUGCAACGGAAACGGAUACGAGCAGUGCAACUACUGUCAGGGCGACGGCCAGAAGCGAAGUCUAUCGGGCGACAACGAUCGAUGUUUCCAGUGUCACGGCAUGGGUAGGAUGCGUUGUUGGAAAUGCAAUGGCGACGGCGUGGCUCCAUGUCGCGCUUGUUCCGGUACCGGCCAGAUCAAGUGCUACAUCAAGCUCACCGUGGUUUGGUCGACGAAGACGGAUGACCACGUGGUCGAGCACUCCUUCGUACCGGACGACCAGAUAAAGUUUGUCUCGGGCCAGCUGGUCUUCGAAGAGCAGAACUCGAGGAUUUGGCCGAUCAACCACUUUCCCGACAUGACGGUGAACAUGGCCUCCGUGCAACUGGUGCAGAAGCACGCGGCCGCUUUCAAGUCGGAGAAGAUCCUCAUGCAGAGACAACGGGUGCGCGUGAUCCCGGUGUCGACGGUGUACUACGAGUGGCGCUCGCACGUGGGCACCUUCAGCGUGUUCGGCCACGAGAAGAAAGCGUACGCGCCGGACUACCCGCAGACCUGCUGCUGCGGGUGCACCAUCCUCUGAACGGCGCCCAGCGGACGACUGCGCCACGUCUGUGAAGAGCUGAGCGUGUAUGCACGUACGCGACCACACAUUCUUGCAGUUGCACAUGGCGCACCUGCUUGGAAAAAAGUGACGGUUACGUGAACGUGGACUUUUCUGUUCAUGCGGAAACGGCUCCGUUGCUUUGUUCUCAGGGGGUAUCGCUCUGGAUUCAGCGCUGACGAAUGUGCCUGCGCUUACGCAGUUCUUAUUUAUGACCCGUGAAGCAAAGUACACCACAUUCACGUUACUGCUACCCAAAGAGUGAAGCCGGAGCACGACCGUGACUGAACGGAAAAACAACGUCACGUGAUCACUUCGGUCAGCUAUAGGUCUGGGCAAACCGAAAUACAAAGCCCUGGAUAAUUUAAGCAGACAGUCACUGUUAGACCAGUGGUCGCUUGAAUCUGUUAACUGGGCUAUAGCGGUUCACAGAGUGCAGUGUAUAUAUAUACCGUAUUAGGUACUUAUAGUUCGCUUCGCACUACGCGGUACCGUACUGCGGCCCAUAGUCAUCACUGUAUAUGUUUAUUUAAGUAUUCUUUCGUUGCGUUAAAGAGCAACUGCGUGAUCAAGUGACGCCACUACGAGGCUGUCAGCUAUGCUUUAAUUGCGCUUUAAACUUCCCACCAAGCAUUUCAAUAUUUUGUAUGUGGACGAGCCACGACAGUAUGUGAUAUGGUUUCUGCUUUUAGAAGUUUCUCCGAGUAUAUUGUUUUCGAUAUCUGCGCCGAUUUCGUUUUUUUUUUCUUUCUGUAUUUACAUAUAGCAGUAAACUACACUUCUCGAAGUGCAGUCAGCCGCACUUGAGAAAAUCUUUCAAACAUGCAACGUGAAGCUGCGGCUUUCUUAUAUCAGUGUUUUUGCCCUGAGCGGAGUCUUUCGGGCAUCCCGCUAUUUUUUUUUUACGCCAUAUUUGUUUUUAUUUCUUCGUGUACAUAGUAGCAAAGUCGCGCUUUGCGGUUACAUAUAUAGAAACAAUUAUGGUUGUGGACGAUCGGUAUAACACAACGGGCGCGAGUACUAUGCGCCUCUUUCGAAGCUUCGGCAUAGUACGCUGUUCGUCGCGGCAACUCACUCCGCGGCAGGUUUCGCAAACAUAACUCAGCGCUUCAUCGUCAUUCCUGCGUGGAGACAUUCUCUAGCACCGCGUCAUCGAAGGUCGUAAACCCGUCGAACGUUUUCCGUUCGCUUCUCGAUGCGCGCGGGAGGUUUUAACAAGCGAAUAUGGCGGCGUCGCUCAAGCGUGCAUGACGUUCGCGCCCGCUUGAUCUUGACCGCGUCCUCCCGCGGCUUCUCGCGCGAAUGCCGCCCCCGAGAAAUAAACGCAGUGCGUCUUCCGGCGUCUUCCUCCAUUGCCGAGCGAGCCCAACGGAGCGCGAAUUAUUCCCUCCCUCAGCUUCUUUUUAUCGCGAACGUCAAGCGCGUAAUGGCAGCCAUUUUUCGUCGAAUGCGCUAGCAGCGCCAUGUUCAGCUGAAAGCGCGAGCCUUUGUUCAUGUCCCCCAAGAAGCAAGAAUGUCCGCGCUAUGCUCUACCGAAAUAUCGAUCCUCGGUGCUGCGAGACAUUUAUGAACACCGCUUUGACGAGAAUUAUCUUGCGCAGCAGCUGCAGCGCGCGCCCGUAGACGAACGAGUAGCACUCUUCUUGCAACUCUUCAUUCCUUCACUUUUGUGUACAUUCGUGCGCUGCAAGGCCCGAGCAUGAACCGACCUUAGGCGCGCAAUACAGGGGUACUAGCUAAGCUGGAUAUUGUCACAUUCCGCUAUUCUAGUACACUAUACAUUCCGCCAUACUGUCAAAUUUCGUAAUGGCGGCAAUUUAAGCCAAUCAGAGAGGCCGCAUCAGCCCUCUGGGCCAAUCAGUGUUGACCGGAACUGAACAACAUGGCGGAAUUUGACAACGGCCAGAUUAGCACCCCGCGGUUAUGGUACCACGGUGCUACGGUGUUACGCACGGUUGUGCGGCACGUGCCACGAACAACGCUUGCACGCGAAGUAGGGAGGAGGCGCCGAUGUCGCGGGCGGCGUAAAUUUCGGCACGUCACGGCACAUUUCAGCCGCGGGCAGAGGGGCGCCGCGUGUUUCUCCACGUGGUACCUAUACGCGGUGUGCAUUGUAGAGCAUGACUGACUAGGCAUACAUCGGUGGUGUUCGCGGUAGAUUUCUUGACGCCACAAAGUCGCCCCCCGCACUGCGAUGAUGUUGCUAAUGCGCUUAAACGGCUUUAGCAGUACACCUGUGACGACGCUACAGAAACGCAGGUUCUGGGAAAAGGCUUUAAGAUCCUAAAGCCGCUUGUGAACAGGCGUGGUUGUGGACGUGCUACAUAAGAGAAGUCCGGAGACACGGCUUCGUGGAUGUAUAAGCGUAUACACCUGUCGAAGUCUCCAACUGUCGAAACAUUCAUCACGUAUUGUACACCUGUACUCUGUCGCAGUAGUUUCCUCAAGUGCUGCAAGACCUGCAAGCAGUUCCAUCCAACGAGACAUGGACGCUUGCCGUAGCGUUUUCUUGUGAUUGUGUCGUCUUUAAUGUGGCAAAGUCCUUUCUUGUACGUGGCUCUGAUGUGAUUGCGCUGCGUUAGGAUGGUCACAUAUGUGCUUCAGAUACAACACAUAUAUGCUUCACAUAUGUGUUUCAGAUACAUCGUGCGCAGCUGCCCCGUUUGUGUCACAUGCGUGAAUAAGGGCACACACUACAUGUACAGAUAAAACGCUUUGGUGAUAAAACAAUCAUGGCGUGGCUGAACCCUACAGCUCUUUAUAGGCAUCCAUGACAGCACUGAAGGAAGCUAUCGUGAUGGAGUACAAGCGAGUUGAGAGAGAAAGAGUUCAACGGUCAGAGGGCUACUAUGUAACGGGUCCGUACAUUUGUCAUCGAGACAUCUGUAGCCCUCGGUCAAGCAACACAAGGUUCGCUGUGCAUGUUGGUAGGGGUUUUAUGAACAGGUGAUGCCCAGAGUACAUUUAGAGGCUGUGCUGGAUGUACAAAAUGUCAUAACAAAAGAAGGAAGAAAAGCAUACAAACAAUGCCGUAAGAUGGGCAGUUCUUGCAUACAAUGAUAGGAGACUCUACCUGUAAACCUGGUGUACAAAAAGCCAUGUUAAACUUUUUCGAUGGUUGUUGCACCUGUGGGCCAUUGUCAACUCACACAGCAGCGCUACAGCAGUGGUAGCUGCAGGCAGACAUUGGCAAAUCGAUAUGCUGUAUCGAUUUCUUCACUGAGUGCACCUUAGAUCAUUAAAUAGACAGUAUAUGGAGUCGCUGUGCAACGAGACAUACAUGUUCCUUAUCAAAAAAAUUAACAUGUUAACCCCAUAAGUGCUUUUUACUUUUACUAAAGGUCAUCUUAUUUUGUUUUAGUAUGUCACAUUUCCAAACGUCCCCCUUUCGAAAACACUUUUCAAAACCAAUGAACUUCGUACUUCACAUGCGCAAGCCUCAUUUUUCCUCUUUACCGAGUAAUAUAAUUCGUCAUUGCCACAAAAGAUGCAGCAGGAUACCAGGAAAAUGAGUAUUUUAGAGUGCUUCUACGUGAACAAUUCCAUGAAGUGAAAUUUAAAAAACGCUGUCUGGGCACUGGUUUACAUGCUGAGACUAUAAACGUGACUUUCCAGCACUUAGCUUUAAGUGGAAAAGCUCCAUUUGUUAAAACACUUUCAAAAUGGGAAUAUCGCAAUGGAAAAUUUACAAUACUGAGGCGAAGGCUUCGGUCACAAAGAUUAUGUCUUGAAACCCUGAAAUGUCCAAAUAAAUGAAACAAAACAAAUAUUAACAAGCUAGGUUCGUUAAAAGUGCUUAAGAGGUUAUAAAAACAUUCUUUUGGCCUGCCUUGAACCUUGGCAGUAUUUAUGACUUUCUAUAUUCAUGCGGGUAAUUGUAUAGUUGUUCGUGAACUUUGUGCAUCGAUAUUCCAAAGUGUUUGUCUUGCAAGUGAGCCUGGUUGCUCAGUAGCUGCUUGGUUUCGGAAAUACUUGAUGUUUUGUUGCUGAGGCUUGCCUCCAAAGAUGAGCUUGUACAAUAGAGUUGUAGAUUGUAAAGAUGUUGUAAUACAGGCCAUGCAUUGAGCUCUUGUGUAAGAUGCUCAUUGUCCGGCAAUGUCUAUGAUGUUGCAACGUGUCAUUGCUGUACACCGUACGCAGUGUGUCAGUGCCCGCUGAUUAAGUGUUGUGCUUGAGACUAUACGUGUCUUGUAUGUGAUGCCAGAGUGGAUUCAGUGUAUGAGAAAAGCACGCAGGAGGAAAAAGCCGUGCAUGUCAGCAUUGUUGUUAGAAGGAACUACACAAUGUACGUUGCUCUAGACAGCACAUCUCUCAGAUACUCUCACCAUGAAUGUGUUUCAAACAUUGUAAGCGUGUCACCGGUGUAUGUGUGCGUGUGUGUACGUGAAAUAUCAUCUGUAAGGACAGUUGUAGGCGUACUGCUGAGGGGCUGUGUUUAAAGUCGAUGGGGAACAGCUAAAACGAUAGGAAAAAUGAUAGUGAUGCAAACAAUAACUGAACGUGUGGCAUUUCUUUCAACUUUGGGCUGUUCACGCUCGUUUUUAGCCGCUGUUAAUUCAUACUUGCCCAUACUUGACAGGCAACGUAGCCUGCACGCAAAGUUUCUGCGGCUGAAGGUGUGAACACAAAGCUAGAUACAAAUUACAAUACAAUACGAUACAAUAGCACACGAAGAACACAUGCUAAACUACACACUACACACUCCAUGCCUCGCCACCACAUCCCUUAUUCGUACCAUUUCUGUGAAGUGAUGAGAACACAAAGAGCAGAACAUAAAAAGCAGCUUGUUUUAAUGUGUGUAACUUGCGGGAAUCAAGGCUUGCACUGUGCAAACAACGGCCCAACGGGACCAAAUACUUGUGCUGUCCUAAAUUUGCUGUGCGUCAUGGCGACACAAAUGUGACGAAACAAGUGUUCUCGCGUUUCCUCCCCAAAAAAAGCGCACGUAUCGGCGCAAAAUGCUGGAGCGAGGUCCAAUCAGUUGACAAAUACUCAAGAUGGUAUUAGUCUCAUAUACAACUCGUCUGCGGUUGAAACCAAGUCCCAAGCGUCUGUAUGAAGAUAAUCAAAGCACCGUAUUUGCAUGAAUAUAAUUUUCUAUUGUGUGUCGUUUUAAUUCUGAAACUAUAGCUCACGUUAAAAUACUCUACUACGAGUAUAAAGCAACAAUCUUUCUUGUUUUUUUUUCUUCUUAAGUUGGUCUCAAGCGCCAGUCACAUGAGCUAUUGAAGAUAACCACCGUCAGGUCAUUUACGACCUGUAACAAGACUACCUUAUGCACAUAGCAUACAACAGCAGCACCAAGCAAUAUUGCCAUAUUAGGCUACAUUGCUGACUAGGUUUCUGGGGUUUUGGAUGCAGUGUUGACAUUUAUCCUGACCACAAUAUUAAAUUUUUAUUUCUAAAGUGUAAGAAAGACAACCCUAGCAUUAUAUUCAUGCAAAUACAAUAGCACAAGUGGCUCACUCACUCACCAAGUCAAGUGUUCAAGAAAUUCACAAAUGCACUCUCUUGUGUACUCUCCCCUUUAAAACAGCUGCUGAAAGUGUCCUCCUUACUGUUUGACAUGGCAGCAGAAAGCAUAAAAAUACAUGCACACAUUCAAUACUCACACAGUCUCUGAAGUUCUGCAGCAGGCAUCCUAUCCCAAGAUGGCAUGUAUGCUUUCAGCCCCUCUAUGCUAGUGAUAUCAGCGCAAUAAUGACUGUAGACAAGGUAACAUUAGCAGAUGGAAAUGUAAACUUAGUGUCAACAGCCAGAAAGGUCCAAAAUUUUAUCAUGAAAUACAGCAAGAAACGGAUAAGCUUUUCUGUGCACCAUACUCAAGGGAAGUGUGUCAUGAACACCCUUGGGGCAUUGUUAAGAACUUUGCAUUCAUCAAUGUCCUGAAUGUGAAUGCCACGUAGUUCUGAUCACAAAACUAUUGAGAAAUAUUUCGAGCUGCGCGUUGCUUACGCUCCGCUCAGGUGUAGCAUCCCAAGCCAGUGCAGGAAAUUGCCUAUAUUUCACACUUUCGAUUAGUAUGUCUUACAAGGACACAGUCAACUUAUCUGUGAAACGACAGCAAAGCCAGGUAGAUGCGCCAUCACGGUCCACUGGCUUUAGAGCAGAGAGAGAUGCGUUUUACGUACUGCUGCUCACACGAUCAUUCUGCGCACGUGCACUACCGUUGCCACUAUUAGUUUUUGUGAGAAUUGCUAGCAUACACGUCUGAUCGGAGCAAGGUGUAAACGCUCAGCUAAAUCUCUCUAAUAAACCAGAUUCUGGCGUGUUUUGCUCCAGUGCAGCAGUUUCACUAACUAUGAAGUGAUGGCAAAAGCUAGAGCCAUACUGGAUAAACGAAAGGCAACACUAUGGCGGUUUUCCCACACCAUGUACUUGAUGCCAGCAUUCGUAAUCCCUAUAGCCAGAACAGUGCGUGAUCCUGUUUUUGGCCAAAAGCCAAGUUUUGUACGCAAAACUCGAAUCACUGUGGCUGUACUUAGUACUACGCAUCAGAAGCAAGUGUGGAGAUUGAAAUGAAAUCAAAGUUACUGAUACGAAAGCUUUUGAAAUUUAUCCCAGGGGCACACAGUGCUGUUGUUUAAGCUAAUACUGAAACGCCAAAAAGCAAUGGCCCCCUAAAAGUUAUACGAUUGCUGAAUCUGCACCCCGGAUGUAAAACAUGAAUGCAUGAACAUACAUUGCCACAACUGUAAGGUAGGCGACAAAAUAUGCUUGAUGAUGUAUGUGUGUACGUCUUGUCACUUAACCUGACCACUGCCAGAUGAAACAGCAUGAGUUAGUCUACAGAGGUUAGUUAAAAUUAAGUACAGGCGUAAGAGUAAAAAGACUGUGUGGAUUAUUUCGGACAGGUUCUCGCAAGUCGUUAACCGUCAUUGCCCAUCUUGCCACAGGCAUAGCAGCCUUUGCAAAUAACCAGAAGGAAAGGCAUUGCAGAAUGUCUAGACAUUUAGGCAUACAGUUCCAAUAAGAUGUAAGGAGAAUUGUCCAAUGUUAACGAUUAGAUCUCACUAGUGUUCAAUCCUUUAUGGAAGCUUAAGUUUGACGUUAAGCUCUGGAGACAAAUUCUUACAUGGUUUACAGACGCCUGCCCGAGUGAUUAUAUCGGUUCCUUAUCAUUUACAGCAGAGCUGUCAAGAGAGUGGUGCAGCCAUUCUUGUGCAGCGGUAUCAAAUUUCAGAAAGAAUGGCUUGAAAAGUGAUCUUUGCCACAGUAAAAAAUUUUUACUUUUAAAGGAAUGUCACAUGAUCAGGCUGUUGGCAAGUGACCUAUAGCAGGAACAGAACAAGCCCGUAGUACUUUCAAAGGGAAAACUCUCAUAUAUAUUACAGCUUUGCUGUCUUCAAUGAGUCUGUUUCCAAUAUCGCCACACAUCUGCAAAGUCGUGGCGACAUCUUGAAUACUAGUGAAGUGUUCCUCUUAUGGGUGGACGACUCUGUACAUCACUGCUGCUUACAAAACGUUGCACUUGGUUCUGCGCUUGCAGUGAUAUCAUACUGCACAUUCACCUAUCAGUCCUCUCAGGUGUACCACCAAUUACUCGGCAAUAUACACGCACUCAACGACCCUGUGUUUUCUUUCUGUAACAUUGCUAUGUUCCAGAUUCAAUGAAAAGAUUUUUUCUUUUUCACUCGGUGCGUGUGCAUUUUAUGUAUGUCGUUUUAAAAGCUGUUGCAACUGUCAGUAAAUUUUAUUUAAAUCUUAU